GAGUUCGGCCGUAUCUUCUCUUUCCUUCCCCAGGCCUGAGAGGGCGGGGGGUGGUGUGUGUGUUUUUCCCUUCCCCGGAACCUCCCUCUCCUCGCGCCUCCGUUUCCGCGGGCGGGUGUUUCUGCUGCACCGGUCCCCCGCCAUGGCAGCUGCGGAAGGGAAAGACCCGCUGGGCUUUUUCGCCGCUUAUGGGGCCAGCGACGACAGCUCGGACAACGCAGGCUCGGACUCGGAAGGCGACGAAGGGCCCGGCUCGGGCCGCGGCGGGGAGGCCAAAGGGCCGCCUCUUCUGCCGAGGGGCAGCCCCGAGGACAGGCCGCGCUUGCCCGGGCCCGACGAGCUGUUCCGCAGCGUCCACCGGCCGUCCUUCCUCUAUAAUCCGCUGCACAAGGAGAUCGACUGGGAGAGCCGGGUCCUGCGAGCUCCCGAGGAGCCUCCAAAGGAGUUCAAGGCAUGGACAACACAUGCUGUGCCGCCCCCUGAAACUUAUAGUGUCAAAGAAACAAAGCCACCGCCACCUCCUGAGCUCGAUAUGGCAAUCAAAUGGUCCAAUAUGUAUGAAGAUAAUGGUGAUGAUGCUCCAAGGAAUCCAAACAAAGUUAACUUCUUACCAGCAGAAGAGGAGCAAGAGCAUGUAGAAUCAGACUCAGAAAGGACUUUCUCUACAAGCAAGAAAACAGCAGAAUGUUUGACAAACACACAGCAGUGUUCCAAAAUAUCUGACAUUUGCUAUCUGAAACUCUGUUGCCUCACUCUUCCUAAUUGUAAGUCUAGCCCUGCCUUGCUUUCUUUGAAUUUAACCAACUAGUUGCCUAAAAUGGUGUUGCAAGCUUUUGAGAGCUAUCAAGUAUCUCUGCGGCAGCAGCAACAACAAAAAAUUUUUUAUAACAUGCCUGUAUAUUUUCUGAGAACAGCAAGGAAAGUGAGGCAGAUUAUAUGAAUCAGACAAUAGUUACACUUUAUCCUGAGUAGUGUAGGAACCAUUAAAAAAGUAAUGACCCUUUUGAUUUUAGAUUUGUGUUCUCUCUCAGUCAUUCAGAUUUUGAAGGAUUUUUUUAACAAGAAGAUAAAGUGAAUCAAAAAUAAAACUUUGUAGUACAGUGGUGGAACCUCUGGCUUUGCAGGCCUCAUAAGAGCCAAUAGGCACAUUUGGCUCAUGAAGCUGUUUUGGCCAAGCCACACCUACCUGUCUCAUCACCUGAUCUCAGGUGUGCAACAGGUAAAGCUACGGUGAAGCUGAAUUCAAAAGGAAAGAUUAUUCUUCUUUGGCAGCCAUGGCUUGAAGUCACCAGCUUUCCAAUUUGGCACUUGAGUUCAUUUUAAUUCAAGACGUGCCUGCUUCGGAUUGAAAUAAAAAUCUCCUGAUGUCAUACAACAUCAGGAGAUUGACAAGGGGAUGGCCCAGAUCCAACAGAAAGCUAAUUCUGCCCAUGCUCUACUCUCGUGGCCUUGGUUUGAAGAAAAAGUGACAGGAAACCGUUCCUUCAGUUUGUCUUUUCAAGAGACUUGGCUGCAAGCUCUGAAUAAUUUUUUGUUUUUGGUUAUUGCUUAGUACCUAUGACAUUUUAACACUUUAAAAUUCUUCACUUGAGUUGCAGUUUCUAGCAAGCAUUUGUUAGGCUGAACACACAAUUGCUCCUCCAUCUGGUAAGAAGAAAUGCUAAUUGGUUGCCUGUCUUAAGAGGUGCUGCUUAUUCAUGCAGCAUAUGCUCUGGCUAAAAGGAUAGAUAAAAGUGGGUCUUACUUUUAAGAGCUAACUUGGGAGCUUUCGCCUACACAAAAAAGUGCUGACUGCUUGUGCUCAGUAUGUUUGCAAGUGACAGAUGUUCUCCCGGAGCAGUCUUGUGUUCUCGGAGAACAAUGAGUGUAGUAAAUAACCCAGAACCUUGUGUGCUUUCAGGCGUCAAAUGAGAAUCACCAAUCAGCUUGGAAAGCAGACGUCUCUCCCCUCACGGACACGAAAAGGAGGCUCUGGACAAAAGUUGCCUACCAAAGGCCCCAGGUUCAAUCCUCAGCAUCUCCAGGUACAACCAACAGAGAAUUCUAUCUGAAGCCCUGGAGAGCUUUUCCCCUUCUGUGUAGUAGACAAUUCUAUGGGGACGAGGGGGGUGCCGUGGUCUAAACCACUGAGCCUCUUGAGAUUGCAGAUUGUAAGGUUUGUGGUUUGAAUCCCUGCGACGGAGUGAGCUCCCAUUGCUUUGUCCCAGCUCUUGCAGUAGAAAUUGGAGUUCUUGGUAAAGUCCAGAAAAAAACAGUAAAUUGCAAGAACUCAGGCCAGAAGAAAAAUGGAUUUCAAAUAUAUCUUCACAAGGUUUUAUUUGUGUGAUGAAGAGUUCAAAUAGGAAUCAAUCCCAGUAUAGUAGGCAAAUAAAAACAAAUUCCAGUAAAAAUCAGGACAAGGCCAUGUCAGCAAAGAUUCACAGAUUCUUCGUCAGCAAAGAUUCACAGGUCAGAGUGUACCAAGUCUGUUUGCCUCCGCUCUUUGUCCCAGCUCUUGCCAACCUAGCAGUUCAAAAGCAUGCCAUUGCAAGUAGAAAAAUAGGUACCACUGCGGUGGGAAGGUAAAUGGCGUUUCCAUGCGCUCUGGCACUCGUCAUGGUGUCCUGUUGCACGAGAAGCAGUUUAGUCAUGCUGGCCACUUGACCUGGAAAAACCUGUGGACUAACGCCGGCUCCCUGUCCAGUGUUCCUUUACCUUAUCUUUAACUUUCUGAGCUAAAUAAGCCAUUUGUCGCACUUGGCAGAAGGCAGAGGCCUCAGCCUUUGUUCCCUGUUGCAUUUCUGACUGCAGUAUGGAUUGUAGUGUGUUGACACAUCAUCCACUUUGAGUUAUAAUGAUGAAAGCUGUAGACCAAGUCACUCAAUUAAAUAUAAGAACUGAAUAAGCAAACCUUUCUGCAAAAAAGCGACUAAUAAAAGCAGCCCCUAAGUUGUGGAACUCUUUCCAAAAAAAAAAAAAAAAGGCCAAAAAGCAGUUCACUCUGCAGUUUUUGACAAACGCUGGAGAUGCACCACUUACCUGGCCCUGAGAGGUAUGUAUUUGAGGACCCACCCUAUUUUCAUGAGUUUUAAGUUGUUUUGAACUGGGUUUUUUUUUAAUGUUGCAUUUUAAAUUGCUAUCACCUGCUCUGGGACCUUUGGAUGAAGGGCGGGUGGUUGUUAUCAUCAUCAUCAUCAUCAUCAUCAUCAUCAAUAGUUUGGCUAGGAAAACAAAGUUUUAAUUCUGAAUUUCCUUGAGAGUCCGCUAGGAGGUGCUAAAUUGAUGUUUUUCCAUUUGAAGCGGUGCUUUUAAUAGGGCAGGAAUUUGUUUAGACUGAGGGGAGGAAAAUAACUUUCCACUCAACUAACUCCUUGUUGAAGGUUGCACACCUGCUGUCUUGAAUCUGUGCUCCCUCUGACCUGGAGCUUUUGUUUCUGCUUAACGGUCUUUGCAACGUUCCGGGUUUUUUUUGUUUGCUCUAGCCAGUUGCUUGAAAUGGCUUUUGUGUGUCUCAAGCGGCUGUGUUUGUAUUUCUUCACCCAAUAAAUAUGUUUAAAUAGCCA